UCGGAAUGACAAAGGGUUUAUUCCUUCCCCUGCUGGUGGCAGCGCUGGUCUUCACAGAAGGGCAAGGGGAAGAGCUCUGGUGUUACAGCUGUGAAAACGAACGUACCGCUAUGAACUGUGAGCACAUGCAGAAGUGUGCGGAAUCAGACUCCUACUGCGUGACAUCUGUGAUUCAUGGGGAGUCAGGCGAACACCGGUUCAGUAAAGGAUGUUCCCCACGCUGCUCCGAGCACCGAGUCGACGUGGCGCACCCCACGUCCAUCUUCACUCAAUGCUGCCGUCAAUCGUUCUGCAACACUCGCAGCGGCGGGUCCACCGGCGCGAGGAGUAGCCGCACGGCCGUGGGCGUGGGGGUCCUGGCCAGUUUCCUCUACGUUUUCCAGUCUGGGUUGUGAAUCGCGCUGGCAAAGGGAUCCCAGUUGCCUUUACGCACGGGGAGCCGACCCUCUCCUCUUCCCAAAGCGUGACUCCCAGAGUUCAGCCGCAGGCACCAAACUCUUUCUACUCCAGCACAGAAAGGCAAUUGUCUUCCCUCCCGAUUCUUGCCCCAAAGCGAAAGCCUCAAGCUGCUCUGAAGAGCCCUGGCCUAAAGCCAGCACAUUCACGAUUUCCUCCAACCACAGACCCCGGGGGCUUCUCUUUGUAAACAGCAUUCAUUCAGCGUUGCCAACUCCAGGUUGGGAAAU